AUGCCUCACCUAAAAUGGCAUGUUGGCAACAUUCCUAACGGACCAAGCUUUGGAGUUUUCCGCCAACAGCACGGGGGUGGACCAGUGCGCAGGCCAAGAAGCGGGAGAACCAGACAUCGCCAGUUAACGUUUAAGGUGUCAGUACUAAGGAAUCCGACACUGACCCACUACCGAUCUCAUAGGGAUGCCACUCCUGCUACUCGGGUGGUCGUUCCUGUAAACCUAAAUGCCGCUGAAUUCAGGCAGGCACUACGGGACAAUAUUGCAGACAUACCUUUGCAGUUCGAUCUAUGCAAAGUGAAUGGACAGCGGCUCAUUCUUCCUCUUGAAGAGGAGACGCCCCAAGAAAUUAGAGCAAGAAACCUACUGGGUCGCUCCAAUCUUUAUAUCCGUCCAAAGAUUACAGAAGCCAAUGACGACUCAACUGGUGGAGAAGUGGUGCAGUCUGAAAUGGCAAUUGUGCUGCAUGACACAGAGACACCUGACCAUAGCAGGCACAAUGUACAGGAGCCAGAGGUUAUCAGUGGUCUGCAUGAAAACCAUACAGCAAAUUCUAGUAGGCAUGGUCUCCAGGAACCAGAGGUUAACAGGGAAGAGUUUUACAUCGACUCUGCAGAGUCAGAAGUAUCAGACCUGGCUGUCCUGGCUUCCCCUGAACAAAAUGAUUCACAUGUAUGUGUCAUGAACAACACCGCCAGAACUGCUGUGGAUGUUUUUAUGUAG